GGGCUCCCCGGCUCUCUGAUUGGUUUUGACUCUGCUCAUUUACAUUUACGUCAGUAAAGGCUGGAGGUCAUCUCUUGCUGGUGCUUUUAUUGGAUCUGCCUCUGUCAAAGCGGCGGUGAAGAAUUGGAAGGAAGAGAAAAAGGCUGGUGAGAGACAGAGGGCAGGAAAAAAAAGGGAAAGGUGUACGGACAGAGGUGGGAGGAAGGCAAAGCGAAGCGGCAGAAGAACGGGAUCCGAGUGCCUGCAGCUUUGCAGCAUGCAGUGGAACCGAGCAGCGCUCUAGCUUCAUCUUGCAUAUAGAACAGGAUCGCGAGUUACGAGCUCGCCAUUUUAAUUCAUCGGGGACCCCCAGGAUCAAGGGGCUGUACCCCCACCCCAGCGGGCCUGCAGUGCCAAACCCAUCCGAUCAGAGCCAGGCGGGGGUUGCUGACAUUUGCCUGGCCACACUGCCCUCUUCUCUACAUGUCCUAGAGGUCCAGGGCUACGGAUUCUCAGCCCGGGUAUGUGUGUCCGGAUAAGGCUGCAGGUCUUUCCCUGCGGUCUUCUGGGGGCGGGGAGGGGGGAAUCUUCCUGUUGCCAAGAAGAGUGGAGUGUGCAAAUGUAAAUAAGCCUCUUCCUCCUCCUCCUUCUAUACUGGAAGAAGAUGUUGAUGAUGAUGAGGAGGAGUCCCAGGGUCCCCACGAAGACUUUCUAGCUUUGGAGGGGACACUGAGGGAGAUCUGUGCCUUGUUUUUUGCCCCUCUUCCCAUCCCACCGAUUCAUCAAUCCCCAUCCCGAGUUAAACGAAAGAAUCAACAAGCCCAGGAAAGCCAUUGAUGUUCACGUUGUAGGCAGGGAAGGGUAAAAUAUUGAGUGCACAGGGCGUGGAGGACGAGGGGAAGCAAACAGCUCUCUGCAUCCCUGCCUUGUUAUGUGAUCAUCACCGCUGUGCAGCCUUUUACAUGAAUUGAUCCGUGGAUACAAUGUUGUCAUGCUGAUGCUGCACGGAAAAGUCGAUCACAGAAGACAUUCGGCUGUAUGUAGCAGGGCAAACAGAUCCGAAUCCAAGGAUCCGAAUGUUCUCAUCUGGGAGCUGAUGCGGGAGGAUCUCACACCAAAGCCCGUCUCCUGAAGGAGGACAUAUAACUUGUGCCCCUUGCCCAGUUAUUUCUUUUUUUUUUUUUUGGCCCCCCCCUCGCAGAUUUAAAGUGUGACAUGCAGAAGAGUGGCAGCAGAUCACCGACUGCAGUAGGAUCCAGCGCGUUUCCUUUAGGAUUCAUUUGCAUCAAGGUUUGAAAGAGGCACCGUACAUACACACACAGUGGUUUGGAUUUGGCACAGGAGGUAUCGAAGCAUGGGCUGCGCUCCAAGCAUCCACAUAUCUGACAGCAGGGUGGUUUAUCACAGUGGCAAAGAGUCUGAGGAUUCCAACUCUCCACACCAGACCAACACACUGUCUCAGCAACAGCAAGGCAACUCAGUCCCUGGAUUAUUCAUUAAAUCCCCUAACACAUCCAAUUAUAAGGUGAGGGCUAAUUCCUCUAAGAAAGACAGGAGAGACAACAACCAGAGCAUGGAUGCAGAGACACACACCACCAGCAGAUCCAGUGUGAAGGCAGCUGUAACAGAAGUGCAGUUUGGUCCAAUGAGACUCCACCAAGAUCAAAUUCAGGUACUUUUAGUAUUUGCCAAAGAAGAUAGCCAGAGCAACGGAUUCUGUUGGGCAUGUGAGAAAGCAGGCUUUAAGUGUAACAUUGCCAGAACACCCGAAACCGCUUUGGAAAGCUUUUUAGAUAAACAUCAUGAAAUUAUCAUUAUCGAUCAUAGACAUUCACGAUAUUUUGAUGCAGAAGCUCUAUGCAGGUCCAUCAGAGCUACCAAACCCUCAGAAAACACCGUCAUAAUUGCUGUAGUUAGAAGGCAAAGUGACAGGGAUGAAGCAUCUAUAAUGCCUCUUAUAUCUGCUGGCUUUACCAGGAGAUAUGUAGAAAACUCCAAUAUCAUGGCAUGUUAUAAUGAACUUAUUCAGCUAGAAUUCGGAGAAGUACUUGCACAAUUUAAACUAAGGGCUUGUAAUUCACUAUUUACUACGUUAGAGAAGAGUCAAGAAGCCAUUGAAAUUACAAGUGAGGAUCACAUAAUACAGUACGUGAAUCCCGCUUUUGAAAGCAUGAUGGGUUAUCAGAAAGAUGAACUCAUUGGAAAAGAAUUAACUGAAGUGCCUAUUAAUGAAAAAAAAUCUGAUUUCUUAGAUACUAUAAACUCUUGCAUCAAAACAGGAAAGGAAUGGGAGGGUAUUUACUACGCCAAAAAUAGAAAUGGUGAUAAUAUCCAGCAAAAUGUGAAGAUAAUUCCUGUUUUUGGACAUCGGGGUAAGAUCAGACACUAUGUGUCUAUUAGCCGGCCAUAUACCGACAACAACAAGGUAGAAAAACAAUGUGAGAGAGUCCAGGCUGAAUCUCAAACAGACAUCCAGACUUGCAGACACAAGGACAGGCGGAAAGGUUCCUUAGAUGUCAGGUCAACCACAUCCAGAGGAAGUGAUGGUAGUUCACAGAGGCGGCAUUCUUCAAUGGCAAGAAUACACUCAAUGACAAUUGAAGCCCCUAUCACAAAGGUAAUAAAUAUAAUCAACGCUGCCCAAGAGAACAGUCCGAUGCCUGUAGCAGAAGCAUUAGAUCGGGUGCUGGAGAUCUUGCGAACCACAGAGUUAUACUCUCCACAGCUUGGAACAAAGGAUGAAGAUCCUCACACUAAUGAUCUUGUUGGAGGUUUGAUGACAGAUGGUUUAAGAAGAUUAUCAGGGAAUGAGUACAUCUUGUCAGCAAAACAAGUCCAUCCAAUUUCCGGACACCCUAUCUCUUCGCUGUCACUUACCGACAUCCCACCUCGGAUAGCCCAAGCGAUGGAAAAUGAAGAAGACUGGGAAUUUGACAUCUUUGAAUUAGAGGCCGCAACGCAUAAAAGGCCCUUAGUUUAUCUUGGCCUGAAAAUGUUUGCCCGAUUUGGUGUCUGCUCAUUCCUAAACUGCUCAGAAGCUACGCUGAGGUCUUGGCUCCACAUUAUUGAAUCAAACUACCAUUCGAGCAAUGCUUACCAUAAUUCCACGCAUUCCGCUGAUGUGCUGCAUGCCACGGCUUACUUCCUCUGCAAAGAAAAAGUGAAGCAAAGCUUGGAUCCCAUUGAUGAAGUAGCGGCUCUCAUCGCUGCCACUGUGCAUGAUGUGGAUCACCCUGGGAGAACCAACUCGUUCCUGUGUAAUGCUGGAAGUGAACUUGCAAUCCUGUACAAUGAUACAGCGGUGUUGGAGAGUCACCAUGCAGCUCUGGCCUUCCAGUUAACCACAAGAGAUGACAAGUGCAAUAUAUUCAAAAACAUGGAGAGGAAUGAAUACCGCACUUUGCGACAAGCAAUCAUCGACAUGGUAUUGGCAACCGAGAUGACCAAGCACUUUGAACACGUGAAUAAGUUUGUCAACAGCAUCAACAAGCCAUUGGCGGCAUUGGAAGAGAAUGGCAGCAUAGGGGAAGACGAGACGGUCAACGUGUUGACAUCCCCGGAAAACCGGAUCCUGAUUAAAAGAAUGCUUAUUAAGUGUGCAGACAUUUCCAAUCCGUGCCGAGCCUUACAGCAGUGCAUAGAAUGGGCUGGACGAAUAUCAGAGGAGUAUUUUGCGCAGACAGAUGAAGAAAAGAGGCAAGGUUUGCCCGUGGUGAUGCCAGUGUUUGAUAGAAACACGUGCAGUAUACCCAAAUCCCAGAUCUCUUUUGUUGAUUAUUUCAUAACAGACAUGUUUGAUGCGUGGGAUGCUUUUGCCGAUUUGCCCAAUUUGAUGCAACAUCUGGAUAACAACUUCAAAUAUUGGAAAUCACUAGAUGAGAAACAGCUUAAGACACUGCGGCCACCCCCGGAAUAGCAGGAGGAGACCCCAGAUCACACCAAACAGCCAACAAAGUUUGCAUUCUACGCAAGAGGCUCCAAUGCAUUUUGGUCCAUGCAUCGUUAUCACAACCUGCUUCUACAUCUUGCAGAACUUUUUAAGUAAAGGAUCAUCAGGUCAGACAUUACCUCCAGUACUCUGCAGUAAACUAUAAAGCCUUUCACCUUAACUCAAGUUAAAUUACACUGGAUUGCUGCAAUAUCAGUACUGACGGGUUCUAGAGAAACAUACCUGUUCAAUUUCUUCAUACCCAUUUGAGAACCUCGAAGAUACCCUUGGAUAUAAGUGUCUUUUCCAAAACGAUCACUCAGAAACAAAACCUCAAAACCUGCAAGUGAAGGAAAAUCCUAUUUUGUGUCUCGCAGCUUUUAAGAGAACACUCUGCUUUUUUUAAGCACUUAAAGAUGUAACAAUCAACACAUUAAAAUGCACUCUUUAUGAAGGAGUUUUUGAUUUCCGAAAAAUAGAUCCACUCUAUUUUUAAUAUCACGGAAGGGGCAAAGCAUUCACCUCUGCACACUACUGAUAGGGAGCUCUCUCUCAAGGCUAUUUAGUAGCAAUUGUAUAAAGAAAAAAAUACACAGAACAAUUUUGAACUGAAUCAUUAGCAUCUAUGAUUAAAAUAUGUUUAUUUAUUUUGUUAGAUGUUCAAUAUUUUCUAUGAAUUUAUAAAAAAAAAAAGCCAAAGCCAACUUUAGAUUAAUUAAAAUUCACACUAUUCAUAGUCAUUAAUGUUACCUUAAUUAAUGUACAGACCUUUUAUUUUCAUAAUGCAAAAUACAGAAAUCCUAUUCAAUGACACAUUUGUAUUGCACUGUAAGACUUAAGGUGGAUGUCGAAACAAGUUGCUUUUUGAUUUACAUUGAUUUGAAAAAUGUUUCUUUUUACGAGAUGGCUUCACCGAAGGUUCGACAUCAUUGAACCAGGGCGCCAAUUGGCCUGGUAACGGAAAUGUCUCGCUCGUUUUACCCUUACCAUUGUCCUUGGACCUGGAAGGAAUUGCCAAGCAAUGUGUCGGCAGGUCCGUCGGCUCUCAAAAGGAGACUUUGCAUCUUGUUAAUUUCACAGUUUUGCAGUUUGGUUUCCAUGUAAGGAACCAGCCUUAUUUUUUACAAUGUUUCUAUAACUCAUUCCACACAAAAGACAGAGGGGAGGUCAAAAUAUAUUUAAGCAUUUUGUAGCUUGUUAUUUUAUUUUAUUUUUUUGCAAGGGUAUUCCUUAAAUCCAGUUUGGAAGAGGUAUGUACCUUCACAGAUUAAAUAAAUCAUUCACAAUAAGCACCAGUAACAAUAAAAUGUAUAUUUUAAGAGUU